AUGCUGUUCCAUCAGAAAUGGGUCGGGGUUUUGUCCCUGUUGACCUCCCUUUCUGCCCCAGCUCUUGCCGAUGUCGCGGAAUUUGAAGACCUCCCGAAUGCCAACCACAUCUUCAAUGCUAUUCAGUCGACUCUGAGACACUGGGGAUCCGGAAUUAACAGCAAUGGCAUGUCGUUCUUCCUCGCGAGUGUACCAGAGGGAACACAGUUUUACCAUGGCACUGGCGCCAAAGACCCCGUACAGGGCAUCCAGUGGCUCGCUUUCAAGCCCGAGCACUCCCUGGGCUUCGCGCACCGCUCCGGCCAAAGGUCCUUCGCCAAAAGGGAAGCCUCAGUCAAACCGUCAGAACAACAACCCCUCGGCGAUACACAGGAAUCGAUCGAACUACACGCAGGCGGAUACCUCCACACCUAUGCUGCCGCGCGGGAUCUGCGUUUGCUAUACAUUGAUGGAAUGUCAGGAGGUCCUGGAGGUGGAGCGGAGUCUCAGGACCGAAUCCUUUACAACGACACGAUAAGCAGUGACCGCGGUCCUGGAAGCCCGAACAUCGGUGGUCCACCACAGGAGUCGCAGCGGGCCGCGGAGGCUUGUCGCAUGGCGAAGGAGGACUGGGGAGGCCGAAUCGAUGGAGUUGUUCGGACCGAAGGAGAUUUCGAAAUUAUCAUUUGUGAAUUUGAGCGCGCUCUUGACCUGGUCUAUAUCACUCAGACAAAGCCUCAAGAGAGCUCCGGUGGUCCAGGUGGGCCUGGCGGACCCGGCCGUGGAAAGGGAGGGAAGGGAGGAAAGGGAGGACAUGGGCCUCCAGGAGGACCUCGUCCAGGUGGAGAUCUGAAGUCAUUCACUGCUCGCUUUGAUGAGCGUCUUGGCCAGAAGGUUCGACUUGAUUUUGACCACUUCGUCACGGCCUAUAGCUAUGGACUUGACCUCUUCCCUGAGAAUGCUUCCCGGCCGGAAUUGGGACAUAUCCCGCUUGAAAAGUUGCACCCUAUUCGACAAGAUGUCACAAACUUGCUGAAUACUUGGGACCCAUCUCUCGAUGCUUUUAACUGGCAGGCCAUUGCAGAUAUGAUUGUUUACCAGUACUCGGAUGUGCUGCAAACUCUGGCGGCGGGUAAUUUCUCGUCUUCCAAAGAUCUCCGCGAUAAAAUUGAGACAUUGUUGGAGCCAUUUAUUGACUACCGGGACUUCCAAGCCAGCGAGGUGAUCAUCAAUCGUUGCGCCACGGAAUGGAUUCCCACUUCCGCUCCUAGCAAUUCGCUCGGUGGUAAAGCUGUGCGAUCCAUCUCCCAGAGAGUGUGCUCUACCUUAACCUCGGCAAUGAUGAACAAGGACCAAGAUCUGGAGACUGCUGCGGCUAGUUUCAAGGAGCUUAUCUCUUACCUCCGGUGGACAACAUGGUGGGUGAGUGACUCGGAUAAUGCCGUGUUUAGUCUUGACGUAUAG